AUGUCAGGCGACGACCUUGAGCGACACUCCCUCGACAUACCGGUCGCCGCGUACGCUGUGGGCAUUUCCUUGCAGAAGCUGGGUAUACAUGUGCGGAAGGUCAUACGAUGGAACCUUGCGGAGGGUUCGUGGAUGGAAUUGGUAAAGCAUGAUGUACUCGAUGAAGUCAUCGCCAAGGCCAAGCAUCUCGACGCCGUCACCAGGAGAAAGCAACGCACGGGGACAGCCCUGGCGGUCGGAGAACUUGACGGCGCCGCAAUCAUCUCCCUCUGGACCACUGCGAUCUCCCUUGCAUUGGAGGUUAGAGAGAUUGCCAACGAAACCGAUGUCGACGUGGAGCAGGAGAUUCCGGGCGCAUUUCCGAUAGAAACGACGCCCGUUAUGCCACCCUCAACGGAUCAUUCUACGACUUUUGACGUCCUCGACGAGGAGCAGGAGAUGCCGGGCGCGUAUCCGGUCCAGAUAGCGCCACCGGUAUCUUCCAUGGCGGGUCGUUUUGGGGUGUCCAACGUGUACCAUAUGCCCGGUGCUUUUGUGGUGCUUUUGCGGGACGAGGAUUGA